AUGUACUUUCUUAGACUAUUAAUAUUAUGCAGUAUUUGCGUUUCGAUACAAUCAACCAUUAUUCCUCAAGAAUUAGACAUUAGACCGUUCAACAUUGAGGAUGAAGCUGCUCAUCAAUACGGAAAACAAACAAAAGGUUUAAAUGGCUUAAUGAAAAGAUUGAGAAUGGGAGGUUUCUCAUCAGGUUCUAGAGGAGGUGGUUCGUCGAGUAGUUCGUCGAGUGGUUCUAGAGGUAGUGGAAGCAGAACGGGAGCAGGGGUAGGGGCAGGACUAGGGGUUGGAGCUGCAGCAGGAUAUAGACAUAGAAAUAGUAGUUCAUCAGAGACUAGCUCGGCGAACUCUGCUCGUUUAUCGCUAUAUGAUCUAUUUGGGUCGCCUAUAAAGAUCGCUAUUGCAUUUUUGUUAACUUUGGCAUACGUAAACAUUUGA